AUGGAGGUGUCGGCGCCGUUGAUAAAGAACAUCCUGCUACUCGAUUCAGAGGGGAAGCGAGUAGCGGUGAAGUACUAUUCGGACGACUGGCCUACUCUCGCAGCCAAGCUAAAUUUUGAGAAAUCUCUUCUGAGCAAAACACAACGCGCCAAUGCCAGAGCAGAAGCGGAGAUCGGCAUAUUCGAGGGGUUCAUCGUGGUGUACAAGUUCAUCGCGGAUCUGCACUUCUACGUGACGGGCGGCGAGGAGGAGAACGAGCUCAUCCUCUCCACCGUCCUCACCGCCUUCUUCGAAGCCGUCUCGCAUCUCCUCAGGGGCAACGUGGAGAAGAAGACGGUGCUGGAGAACCUCGACCUCGUGCUGCUGUGCCUCGACGAGCUCGUCGAUGGAGGGGUGAUUCUGGAGACGGAGCCCACAGUGAUCGCCAACAGAGUCGCUAUGAGAGGCGCCGAUGCCGACCUGCCUCUUUCCGAACAGACCAUCUCCCAAGCUUUGGCAACAGCAAAGGAUCACCUGGCUCGCUCAUUGCUCAAAUGA